AUGAGGCAGCUGAUCCGGCGGGUGUCCCGCGUCGGCGACUCCUCCCUCUCGUCGCCGCCGCCGGCGCCGGGAAAGCGGCGGGGAGAAGGGAAGAAGAAGGAGGCGGCGGCGGUGCCGCCGGAGGGGCACGUGCCGGUGGACGUCGUCGGGGAGGAGGAGGAGGAUGCCGGGGCGCCCGAGCGGUUCCUGGUGCGGGCCGAGCUGCUGGGGCGUCCGGCGCUGGCCGAGCUGCUGGGGCGCGCGGCCCAGGAGUACGGCUACGACCACCGCGGCCCGCUCCGCAUCCCGUGCUCCCCCGCCGCCUUCCGCCGCGCGCUCGCGUCCUCCCUCGCCGGCGACCACGACGACGACGGCUAGCCCGAUCGACGACGAGCCAUCAUCCAACCAAGCCGGUUUCACUACGUACGUACGUACGCGCGCGCGAGAGGCCUCUCAGCAUUAGGCAGACGAUUGGUUAGCACAGCCACUGCAUGCGCCGCUGCCUUCUCUGCGUGUGCAUAAACCCGCUUGGAAGUUGGAAGAGACGAAGGUGAAUGGUAGUAGUGAGUUUUCUUUUAUUUUCUCUGAUCAUCUGUGUAGUGUAGUAGCUGAAACGGCUGGUUGCUAGGCCCUAGCUAGAAAUGGUUGUAUUCUACUAGUACUAAUCAUAUACAUCUUGUGCACUUCCAUUAGCUGGUUAAUUAACUGGACACUCCUCUCUGA